UGCUUGUGGUUAGAAUGUUGUGGAGAUUAAUUUUAAGUCAAACACCACCACGGGAGAAACAAGGUGGGACAUCAUAGAUAGAUAUCUACCCUCGCACAUUUCAACAUAAUUUUAGGUUUAAGCGCAAAGAAACGAGCCAAACUAUUAUCAUUGCAAAAAAAAUUCUGUUUACAGGAACUCCUAAGUGGCUUUAUAAUUUAGAAUUUUUAUCGUACAAAGGAACAGUUGGUUACAGGAGCAAGCUGGCGAAAUAUAGCGGGAGUCAAUUUACUCUUUACUCUGCGGGAACGCGAAACGCCGCACCGUAAAUUAUGACAACGUGUUUUGUACUGAAACCGCCCAAACGCGCGCCUGAGAAAGUGAUUUUAAUUUUGUAUCUCCUGCUCAAGGCAGCUAGCCGUGAUUACAAUGAAUUGCUUGUAUGAUUUUAAAAUAGAAUUCCAAAAUGUGCGGGCGGUUGUCUCUUAUCUUUACCAUCAAAGCGUGAGGCAUUUAUCAAAACCAUUGACAGCUCUGAAAGAACUUAAUUAAUAAGGAAAUAAUUUCACAGCGGGAAAGUGCCAGGGUGAUGUUUUCCUGUUGUAAAAUGGACGCGCACGGUAUUUUCAUCUUGACUGUGGAAGUCGCAGCUUGAAAUUUAAGUUUAAUAAUGUUUGAAAUUAUUUUCCGUCGCGUUUUGUGGGACGCGGUGUGGUUCCAUAAGAACACAAAGAAACAAAUGGUAGGGGGCGAAAGUUUAGCUUAAUAAACUGUCACUAAUAACGAAAAUAAUAAAAUUGAUUAAUCAGCGAUGAGCUCUUAAUUAACAAUCCUUAAGAACUAAUAUCAUUGUUUUGCUUGUGUGUUUUAUUAACCGUGUCAAAAUCCGCCAGUGUGAAUAUCGGUGCGUGUCCGACAACUGCGUAAAGCUGAAGAGAGCAAUAUGUUCGCCAAACAUUCAUUUCUAAACUGAACUGAAAACAAAUAUACCGCAAUUGGUUGUGUAAGUGACCAUUUGAUGUUAAAUGGAGGGUCUGACCGCUUUCGUUUCGAGGUUUGACAAAGGAAAGCCGGAAAACAGAAGAACACAGACUGACCCUAAAGCCGAGAGAGACCACAACAAUAUGCCUUCUGCUUCUUCGAAUUUAGUGUCUCUACCAUUCAGCAUUGCAGAAAUUUUAAGCGACAAACGAACUGGUCCACGCGUUAAUCAAACUGAUGAUCCACAAAACGAGAUAAGAAGUUAUAAUGUUCAAGGUAAGAAAGAAAACUAUUCAUAUUUAAAUCCUUUAGAAAUGCAUGUUAGAGUUUGUUAUCUCUCCCCUCGUUGUAAGCCAUUCAAGGUCAAACAAGUUUCAGUGUCGACGAGACAGAGACCAGUGUUAUCGCACUACGUGUCAUUGACAGCGGCUUUUGUUGGCUUCGUUAGAAUUCUUCGGUAUUUUAUUUGUUUCUACUUAUUUUUUCUCCUAGAUGAGUCACCCAAACGUUCUCAUCGAUGUAAACCACCGCGAAACAGGAAAAAUUUCACAAGAGAACAACUGCGAGAGCUGGAGAAACUCUUUGAUCAGACCCACUACCCAGACGCCUUGACGCGCGAAACACUGGCCAAGAGAAUGGGCCUAUCAGAGGCAAGAGUUCAGAUUUGGUUCCAAAACAGACGUGCUAAGUGCCGUCGGCAAGAAGGCUCAAGUCAGAGAGGGUUUGUUGUUCCAGCAACGCAGACAUACAAACCUCCAACUCACGUGACUCCAUUACGACAGGAAACGUCGUCAUUGGCGCCACUAUCCCAUGGUCCGUAUGGGGCUGGAUGCUUCGAACACCUGUGCCUAUACAACCACGCCAGUUUUCUGGGCAAUGUCGGUCAUGGCGACUAUACUCGUCAGUUUCAUCAACAAACAAGCAUCGAAGACUUGAGACGUAAAGCGCGAUACCACAGCUGGGGAGGUCCAAACUAAUGCACAGUCAACGCCGCUUCAUUUCUCCUUGGGUCGGUUGGUUUACCAGGGUAACAAGAUGUUCAGAGGACUGAUUCCAUCGAACGCUUUCCUCAAAGGACCCAGCUAAUCUAUGAUAUAUUUUAAGGGUGCCUAAAGCACGAUGU